AUGGCAAUUAAGGACUCCUCCAUUGUCAGAUGGCCACCCAGGCUAAACGGAGAUCCAGCAACAAGGAACUGGAAUGUCUACUACCACUUCCAUCAGGAUCAUGGCCAUAGUACGGAGAACUGUGGAAAUCUCUGUGACGAGAUCGGGGAGCUCACCCACCGCGGAUAUCAAAAGAACUAUAUCCUGAGAGAAGAAAGAGAGCAAGGAGAUCGGCAAGAGCAUCAAUCAGGAGAUCAGAGAAGGAACACCCCCAAGUCUAGCAAGCAGAACGAGCAGCCACCUCGGCAAUUACCAGAAGAGAGGCCGCUCCACGAGGUGAUCAAUAUGAUCACCAAAGGGUCCAUUAGUGUGGGGUGUACUUCGGUAGCCGGAGGGACGUUAGUCCGCGAGUUGGAAAAUGAGGGCGAAAACCCGCCAAAGCGACCUCGUCUUGAAGAACCUAUUUACUUCACCGAGGACGACGUGCGCGGGAUUCAGCAUCCACACGAUGAUGCCCUAGUCAUAAAACUCAGAAUCAACGACUUCGAGGUGAAGCGCAUUCUGGUAGACUCAGGCAGCUCGACGGACAUCCUUUUCAAGACUACUUUUGACAUGCUACAGUUAUAG